UCAAAAAUCUGAUCUGAAGGAGAUCCGACUCAGACCCAAAUUUUUAUUUUUGUAUUAGGUUGUCUACUAUAUCGAAGCAAUAGCAUUUAAAUGGCGGCUUCAUUUUUUUGAUUUCGGCACUUUUCCAAGGCCUAUUGUUAAAACUGUUGGAAACUUCGCCAUGGUAAUCAGACUAUCUUACUCAUAGCUUAAACCAAAUGUUUUUCUUAUCAGCCUGCACUGAAUCUACAUGGUAAUUUUAUCACUUGCUAUUCAAGUUUGGAUCUGAAAUCAACUGUCUGGAAUUUACCUGCCAAGUAGUGCAUACAUUUUCAGAAUCGUUCAUCUUUUAAAAAUUGACUAAAUGGCGGAAGGUGAUGAUAGUGUGGCUCAUUUAGAGCGAGAUCUCAAAAGAUUUCUGGGCAUAACCAAAAAUGCCAACACGCCAAAAUCUUCAGAGUCUGUCCACAAGAAUCCUGACACAGUGCAUCAAGGAAGUUUGAACCAGCGUGCAGGAGCUGAUGGCUCUGAAGCCAAUAAAGUUUCCCAAGGAAAAAAUCAAGAGUCAACCCCAAAAGGACGUAAAACUCCACGAGUCAGGCACAGGAAAAGAAGUGAAGCCCUUUCAAGCUCUGCAAAUAUUGACGAUGCUGGAAAAGUAAGAGAAAAUGCUUCAGCAAGCACAGAAAAUGAUGGUGGACAAGAAAAGAAGAACCAUGCAUUAAACACCAAUUCUUCAAAGCAACAAAACCUCCCAAAACAGCCAACUACCAUCACAGGAUUCAUACGCGACCGUCGUUGGCACUUGGAUGACGAAUUAGCGAAAACUUCUCCCAGGAAAGGUACCAAAGUCUACAACCGGACCGCAAGCAACGAAGAGAUCCCUCACAAUUGGCGCCAACCUGCUCCUAAAAUUUACCAAGCGCCACGCAAGACCAUCAACCAAGUUUUGCGUCAAGAAAAUGGAACAGUUCCAGAGAAGCAAAGCUCUAGUCUUUCAGAAACUGUUUCUCACAACGUGAAAGAUCAAGCCCCAGUUGUUGACCAGAACCGCAAGGGACAAGGGGCCAAAGCAAGAUCCUUAGAAAAACUUCGCUCAAAGCAGGAAACUCAAAAGAAAGAACGUGUUGACUUAGCCCUUUUGUCAUCAGAAUAUGACGAAGUUCCGAAACACCUUCAAGAAUUGAAUUAUCCUACAGGAAUUGUUCCUUUGACUCCAUCUGUUGUGAGCCAACGCUCAGUCGUUUUACUUGGAGAGAAAAAGAGUGUCGCUCAAGAAGUUGAUGCUCGUGCUGAUGGCAUACAAAUUCCUCAUGCCGCUGUUCAAGAUGAAGAAGAGAUUGUCCAAAUUGUAGUCUUGCCGACACUUCCCCAACAAAAACGUAAGAAACCGGCCAAAAAUGAGAAGAAAGAUGAGCCCAAGAAAUCUGAUGAUGGAUCCAGCGAUAGUUCAUCUUCCUCAAGUGAAGAGGAACCAAAACCAAGACGGAAUGAAAUCCAGCAACCUCUUAUAUUCAAAAUUCGCAAAAACGAGCUUAAUCAAUUUCGUAAAAAGGGUGUUCUUCCACUGAAGCACAUCAGCCCGAAAUUUCCCAGAGCUGUUUUCCACUGUCGGCUUUGCAGUUUCCACAUCAGCAGCAUACCAGAAGUUUAUCGUCACACAAAAGACGAACGGCACGUCCGACUACAAAAACAAGAAAUGAGUCGCCAAACGGCUUCUCUGAUGCCUUCCCCACCACCUGAAAUCGUCGAAGUGGUUGGGCAAUUCAUCCAGGAUAUUUUUUUUUGUUCUGGUCUAACAAAGGAGGAUUUGGAGAAACGUGGGGUUGCCACUGAAAACCUAAGAAAAAUGAUUGAAACUGCUUUCCCCGGCUUCAGCAUCCGACCAUAUGGUUCUGUGGUUACAGAGCUUGGGCUGCGAGCUUCUAAUUCCAACGUUGGAUUAGUUGAAAUUUCUCCCGACAUCAAGAAGGAUGGAUUGCUCAUCAUAAAGAUACUGUCUUGGUUGCAAGGUCCCGCCUCCAACACAUUCCGAUACAUCAGUGACGAUCUAAAUUGUCGAACACCCAUCAUUCACUUUCAUUACGAGCAAAUGGGCGUUACCUUUGCCAUGGUGGUGGAGAGCGAGGCCGCUCAUAAAACGACCGUUCUUUUACAACAGUACCGAAUGAUUGACCCACGUUUCGCCGUCUUAACGGUUGCGUUUCGCACAUUUGCUCGCAUCUGUUGCCUGGAUCAGCCGGAAUUGGGGUCGUUACCUUCGCAUGCUUUUACUCUAAUGGUUCUGUACUAUCUCCAACAAGAUCAUGUUUUACCCGUUUUACACCAGCUGAAGAAAAGUGACGCUGAAGACGACUAUUUGACCGCUGCUGAAUUCUUUGAAAUGAAGGACAGGGGAGAGUGGAAACCCCGUGAAUUGACUCUCGGCCAACUUUGGCUGGGCUUGUUGAAAUUUUAUGCUUAUACCUUCACUCAUAACGAGCAUGCCGUCUGCGUUCGCUCUAUUGAGCCGUUGCUGCGAUCGACAAAGAAUUGGGGCAAUCGACGUAUUGCUAUCGAGGAUCCUUUUCAUGGGAAUGUCAAUAUGGGGGCAUUCAUGGCGACUAUUCAAACCUUCGAGUUCUUUAUUGAAUGCAUCCGCAAUAUAUUUCACUAUUUUUGGAUCCCUCAAACUGCCGACGGACCCCUUUUCGUCCAUCUUGUACUGCCCGGCGAAGCCAAAAAUGAUGAUCCACUGCAAUGCACUCCGGCGGAAGCUGUCGCCCGAAUGGCCGCCCUAAAAAAGGAAGACGUCAAAUGGGAUUUCCAACCGGAUAAAAUCCUUCGCUCGAAACGGCUGCCAGUUAUUUGCACCGUUUGCGGCGGCGACGGACACACCAAACUAAAGUGUACCGAGUUGGAAGUGCCAGAUGUCGGUUUCAUACCGCCACCCGACUUCAACUAUUUUGCGCUCCUAGACAAUGUGUGCUGGAAUAUUUUCCGCAACUUUGCGCAGAGGGAAAUUGAUACGAACAACAGACAAACCAUCCAAAAGGAGCUCGAAACGCAUAUUCGGACCGAGUACGCUGAUGCUGUUUUGUCAAUGUUUGGAUCAUCGUGCAACGGAUUUGGAUUCGCCGACAGCGACGUAGAUCUCUGUUUGACGUUCGAGUCCAACGAGGACGGCAAGGGCUUGGAUUUCGUUGCUAUCGUCAAGAAAUUGGCCAGAACUUUGAAGCGCAAUCGCUUUUUUUGCGACAUUGUUCCCAUAUCGUCGGCCAAGGUUCCUAUAGUGAAACUGCGUCACAGGCCCACUGGAUUGGAAUCGGAUAUUUCGUUGUAUAAUCAACUGGGUCGGCGUAAUUCGAAACUGCUCGCAACGUAUUGCGCAAUUGAUUCACGCGUUCGGAUCCUGGGAUACAUGGCGAAAUUGCUAGCCAAGCAGUGCGAGAUUGGCGAUGCAUCCCGCGGAUCGCUCUCUUCUUACGCUUACACCUUAAUGGUCAUCCACUAUUUGCAACAAGUCAAACCGCCCGUUAUACCCGUACUCCAAGAGAUCACGGUCGACGGUGUGGACCGGAAAAAGUACAUCGUCGAGGGUUGGGACACGUGGUUCUUUGAGAAUGCCCAAGAUUUGGGACGUGUAUGGCCACAUCACGGUGCCAAUCGCGAACCGCCCUCAACCUUGUGGCUGGGAUUCUUGCUCUAUUAUGCCAAGAUCUUCGAUUAUCGCUUGCAAGUUGUUUCCAUCCGACAGCUGCCACCGCUGUACCGUCUGGAGAAGAUGUGGACGGAUCGGCCUAUCGCGAUCGAAGACCCUUUUGACUUGAGUCACAAUCUGGGAUCGGGAGUAUCGCUUCGAAUGGGUGCUUACAUCCGUCGUGUUUUCGUGACUGCUCGUCGUUUUUUCCAGACUGCCGUCAGGGCACUGCCCCCAAACUUCUCGUCCUUGGAGGAAUACUUGUUCAACCCUAAAGUUUUGAUCUCCAACGGUCCACCACCAAACGACCGCGGAUGUUUAAUUUGCGGCAAAGUUGGACACAAGGCCAAAGAAUGCGAAAACCGGGGAAACCGAAACAGAGGCCAAGAUAAAAAUUCUCCCCAACAGCAACAGCAGCAGAGAGAUAAUCCGCAGAAUCCGGCACAGGAAGUGCAUAACAGAAAUAUGGUUCAGCAACGUGACAGGGGAGUAGGGCCUGGUCAGCCGCAUCAGCAGCAGAUGAACCGAUACAGACCUCAGCAGGGAUUCCACCAGUUCAAUCGUGAUAGGCCUGGGCAACAGCAGCCACAGGUCAAUAGGUAUAGACCAAUUCGACCAAACAAUAGACCUGGGGUGCCCCUGAACAGCAACGGGGAAAGGAUCUAUACGGCUAGACGAGAAAUUCCAGAUCCCAAUCAGCAAUAAUUAAAGGCUAAUUAUUUGAUGAAAAUUGAAAAGACUUAAGAUUUUUAGAUGACGAUUAACGAUACGGAAAUAUUGCUGUAGAUUUUGUUUCUUCUCCCCUUUUUUUGGUAAUUUUUAAGACUUUUUUUUAAACUGAUUUGAAAUUUUGCUUGACAGCUGUCACUUAGCACCCUGAAAAUUUUCUACCCAACGGAUUUCGAAAUUUUUGAUGUUGAUGAUUCAUGUUGAUUGUAAAUACUUUUUAAAUACAUUGGGUAUGACCAACUGUCAGAUGCGAUUAAUACCAAGUAAGUAUAGGUGAUUACAAUUUCUCUCUUUAUGAGCUCACCUUGGAAACCCUCCCUGCUAUCGUGGUUAUUAUUAUUUUUAAUUUCCUACUUUUUGAUCACAUGCCCAGGAAAUCAAAGUUCAAAAUGAUACGAUUCAAAAUUCGGACUAACCGACCAUCUAUAGCACGAGUACGAAAUUGUAGUUGGGUACAGCACAAAAUGUUGUAUGAAAUACGACGUUGUGCGAACGUUACAAAAAGAUGUAUCACAACAUAUCAAAUUUUAAAUAAUUAAAUUCAUGUACUUUUACUGGAUUCGGCGUAAACAUUUGCACUGCAAAUAAGUCUUCAUGAACCCUCAAGAUAUUGAAUUUGUGUUUAUAUAAUAUCGUAAAAGUAGUCCAUGUAAACAAAUGAGCUGAAUGAUUUAUGAUAUGAAGAUGCUGUGUGUACUUGUGAGAAAAGACAUUCAUUCCGAUUGAAUUUAUUGGGCAAUAAUAUUUAAAAAAACAUGUCAAAUUAGUCGUCAGACGAUUAAUAAUGAGAAUUGACUAAAUCAGAAAUGUAGGUCUGCCACACUGAGCAGUUAUUAUCUCAUCUCUCGAUUGAAAAUAUCGUGUUUUGAACAAUAAAAACAAGGUUUUAUUUUUCAAUGGGGAGAAAGUUUGAUAAUGGAAAGAGACGCCAUGUGCCAGACAGAAACAAGAAAAAAAUAAGCCGUGCCAUGAGAGAAUUCUAAAAAAUCCCCCCUUUAUAUAUUUUUGAAAAACAUUCAUUUCCUCCCAUCCCAACCAACCACCCGCCUCAAGGUGCACACACAGGCACAGGCCGCACAGCGAUGAUGACCCCAUUGCAAUGACCAGCUGACUAAGUCGACUAGCGGGAAUCGAGCCAACUAUUUCUCAGUCGAGAGUCGACUCCAGACCGCCCGAGUUGUUUUGUCUGUGUGUGCUCGGCCAGCCAUUGAGUUGCUAAAAAGCAGCCAGCGCAGUGUUGUUUGUUGACUUCGAGUUGUAUCACCCCACCUCGUCCCUGUGUAUGUGCAGUGUGUUGUUGUACGAGAAAACCGUUUUUCUGAAAGCCACUCGUCUCACUUUCGUUCAGUUUGUUUCAUUCGACAACUCUUGUUCUUACCAGAAAAACAUUUUCACACAGCUAAUAUAUAAAAUGGAUUCACUUCGAGAACAAGUGAUGAUCAACCAGUUCGUCCUCGCUGCCGGAUGCGCCCGGGAACAGGCUAGACAACUGUUACAAGCAGCACACUGGCAAUUCGAGACGGCCUUAAGUAUUUUCUUCCAAGAAGUCAGUGUGGCCAACUGCGGAGGAGGCGGCCAUGCCCAUCACCUCCAUUACAAUCAGUUAUGUACGCCAGCCAAUACGCCAGCGACACCCCCGAAUUUCCCUGACGCCCUGGCCGCCUUUGCCAAACUCUCAGCUUCAGAUAAAUACGGUACCUCGCCAGGGAUCUAUUCGACAUCACCGAACCCGACAGCGGCCUACCUCACCUCCCAGCACAUGCACGGCUACGGUGCCCAACAGAUGCCUCUGCAGCCCCAACAGCAUCAACAGCAAGCCGGCCAUCGGUCGACUUAGAUGUUGACCGCGUCUAUAUUUUGUUUUCUUCUUCUUUUUGUUUUCAUUGGUUGGCAUGUCAACUAAAAACCACCACCCACACGCAGACAUUAUACACCUCAUUAUUGCAAAAAGAGUUUCAAAGGAGCAAAAGUAGCAAGACGACUAGUUUUGAUUUUGACAACAGUUCAUAUUUACCUCUAUCCACCACCCCCAACCCUCCUCACUCUCUCCCAGAUCUUCGGGCAUAAAUUUGGCAAAUAGACAACAAAAAAAGGAAAAGACAUCGAGAAGCCAAACUAAUCAUUCGCGAUGGGACAAGGAAGAAGAUAAAUCCUCUUCGAUCUCAUUCCCCCCCCACCCCUACUACACUUUUUUUCUCUCUCUCUUAAUUCUUGUGUAACUAUAUAUAAUAAUAAUAACUAAGCGCUGGAAAACAAAAUACCAACCUCACACACACAUGAUGUUGCUGUUGUUGUUGCACUUUUGCUGUCAACUUCACAAUCCUCACACCGAAAACACUUGUAGUAACCCCCCCACCAUCCCGACAUUUCACGCGCGCUGGAUCGUGUCUCUUUUUGUUUUCCUCUUUAGUUUCUCGUAUGUAAAUGUAAAAAAAAAAAAAAAAAAAAAAAUAACUUUUUUUUUUCUUGUGUGUGUUAACGAUCUAGCAAAAAUUCGGAUCCAUUUUGGUUCAUUUCUCCUCGUCCUAAUUUAAAAAAAUUUAAAAAGAGAAAAUUGGAAAAAAAAAAGUUUGCGAAUUUUUGUUUUUUAAAACAAGAGAAAAGAGACACGAGAGAAGAAAUUUAUACCUGGUAGUCUUCAAAUUUUGUUGUGGUUAAUUAUAUAAAUUCGUGUGUCAAUUGAUUGUAGGCCUGUUUUCUUGAAAGGGGGAAAUGCAUGGCGUCUUGAUUUUCUUUGA